GCGGCUCAACAAGAAGCUCUUUGAACUUUGAGUGUGUGUGUCAACACCGUUGCUAAUCGUAUCAUCCUCAAUUAACUUUACUUCUUACAACUUGAUAAACCUCUUUGGAGGGGGACAAAGUCUGGGGAGGGAGGGGAGGGAUUGUGUGUGCGUGUGUGUGUGCCCCCUACCCCUUCCCUCCACCCCUAUCUCUCAACAGGACUGGCAGCCCGUCUAGAGUUAUUCCAGGAAUGCGUUGAACAUGGCUGCCGCGAUGAAGGCGCAGAAAACGGGACUGCUGGAACUUCGACUGACCGUGGACCGCUGGAUCCGUGUGUUGGCCACACUUACCGAGGACACGCUCACGCUAAACCCCGGGGACGGUACCGACGAGCCCGCGAAGCCCAAUCCGAAUCCCGUCGGGGCUAUCAACGGAGACCCCCCGAACCUUAGCUCGUCCCCGGUCCCGGAAACCAUCACCAACGUGAAGCGCACCGUGCGAGUUACCAAGCAAGAUGUUGGAGGGCUCGGAAUCAGUAUCAAAGGUGGGAAGGAGAACAAGAUGCCAAUCCUCAUCUCCAAGAUUUUCAAGGGUCUGGCUGCUGACCAGACUGAGGCACUUUAUGUUGGUGACGCCAUACUGUCUGUCAAUGGCUAUGAUUUACGGGAGGCCACACACGAUGAGGCUGUGCAAGCACUGAAGAAAACUGGCAAAGAAGUCAUCCUUGAAGUGAAAUACAUUAAGGAGAUGUCGGCCUUCUUUAAAAGCUCAGGGUCCCCUGGAGCUGCUCUCCCCUGGGACUCUCCCCCCUCCACACCUCAGAGGGGCACCGAGCUCUCACCCACUGAGGUGAAGGAGCCCCGCUGCAUCCCCCUGAAGAUGUGCCAGGUGUCACGAAAACAGUGCCCUCCAGACACAGAAAACAGGUAUUUUGAGGUGAUUUCAUCCAACAGAAAGAACUCUGUGUUCCUGCGAGCAAAAGACCCAGCCAUGGCCCAGUCCUGGUAUAAUGCCAUCCAGGCUGGCACUGCCAACCUUUUAUCACGAGUGAAGGAGGAGAUGAAGACCAUGCAGCCUGGCAUGGAGGUCAAACAUCUGGGCUGGAUUACAGAGCAGGUGACCCAGGGUCCAGAGAGACCAGUACUGGCCGUGCUGACUGACAAAGACCUGCUCCUGUAUCCCUGCUUGCCUGAAAACAAAGAGAGCCUCAGCAACCCCACCAAGAGUCACCCGCUCAUUGCCACCAGACUGGUCCAUUCUGGCCCAGGGAAAAGUUCUCCUCUCCUGGACUCUGACCUCUCAUUUGGCCUGCGUUCUGGCACAAAGCAAGGCGUGGAGACCCAUGUGUUCAGGGUGGAUUCUGCCAAGGAGCUGUCUACCUGGACUCAUCUGUUGGUGGAGGGUUGCCACAAUGCUGCUGAACUCAUCAAGGAGGUCACCACGGCCUGCAGUUGGAAUGGGAAGGAGUGUACCCUGGGAGUGCACAUUGAUGACGGUUUUACAUUAUUCACUGAAGAAAUGGGUGUCAGGAAAAGUAUUCUGCUCCAGCAGCCCUUCGAGCGCCUAAGGAUGUCCUCAGACGAUGGAGUUCGCAUGAUGUUCCUUGACUUUGGAGGCCCUGAAGCAGAGAUUCAACUGGACCUCCACUGCUGUCCCAAGACCAUAGUCUUCAUCAUCCACUCUUUCCUGUCUGCUAAGGUCAAGCGACUUGGCCUUCUGGCAUGAUAAUGGCCAACCAGAACAUCUACAAUAGGAAUAUUCAAUAAAACACACAGCCCAGAAAGAAGGGAGACUCACCAGUGGAUGUGACCCUGGAAAAAGAUGCUGACCAACCCCUUCUUUCCAGCCUCCCUGUAGGCCUCUAAAAUGAUCAUCACUGGUCAGGCACCUCCUGCUCUUUCUUGAGGGAUAAAGAGAAAACUGUAACACUGAUGGAUCUCUGUUGAGCGAGUAUUUGUGAGGUAAAGAGAGGUUGUACAGAUGGCGUAGCAGCCAUUAAAGGAAUCUAUCAUCUGUCAAAUCUGUUACAGUAGGGUCAGGACACUUUAUGAUUGCAAAUCGUGUGAAUAUGACAGACAGCAUCUUAAAGUUUCUUAGCUUAAUGUUCCCACCAUUUCAUGUUUUUUGCCUCAUUGUUCAGGUUUGUUUUGUUUCAUGAGUCAUAGCAGGCCUUUGUCAUGAGCAUCCUUUCAUCUUUCAAUCUUUGCUUUAUGUGCUGUGAGCAGUAAUAACAAAAGUUAUUUCACAAAUGCCCUGAUUGAUGUUGGGCAAACGUCUUUUUUUUUUUUGUUUUUUUUUUUUGAUAAAGGCAGCUUCAGUGGAGUGACAGAAUGACAUAUCACAAUGACAAAUCACUACAUGAUCAAUGGUCUGUACUGAACAAUGUACAGAGUGCAAUUAUAAUUUGUUUUUAAUUUGGAUGCUUACGUUGCCUUUACCCUGAAGAUUAAUGAAAUGCCAAGUCACAUAUAUAUUUUUUUUUUCAUUACAGCUAUUUUCCUCUCUGUCUCUCUCCUUCUGUUAAACGUGUGCUCUUAAUCCAUGGCCUAACAAAGAAAAAUGACUAACAAUAUAUUAUAAAAGGCUUUUUAAAUCGUGUUUUAGCUUAACCAACAAAGUAGAUGAAAACAUUUCCUAGCAAGAAAGGACACCUUAUUUGAAUUUAGAUGGUCUUUGUCAGACAAUAUAACUGCUGUUUCAUUUAAUUUCAGCCCAUGUCAAGUGCAAAAUGAGGGCUCUUAUUUUUUUUUUCAGACCACCAAUAAAGGUUGUCACAUAAUACAGAUGAUAGAUAGUAGGCUGAAAUAUUGCCAGUCCAGCUAAGCUAUGUUUCCUUCACGGAUAAGCUGCCAUACAAGUACAGAGUGUAGUUCUUAGAUAAACCUAUUUAAAGUACAGUGUUAAUGUCUGUAAUUCAGAAUUUAAUCUCCUGAGCGGACAAACAUCAGAAAGCACGGAUGGUCCAUUUUCUGACCAACAUUUAGAGAUGUUAAUUUACCACAUAAAACAUGUUGUUUACAUCAUAAAGUGUUUUGAUUGUUUUUUUCUUUAUUGUGUCGACUUGACAUCCACAGCUUCUCUGUGUCACACACUAAACAGACUUAUAAUAUAUAUUUCAGAACUAAACCUUGUUUGCUUUCGAGAAUAAAAUGUAUUGUAUAUUCUUAUUUAAACAAAGGUGUGCCUUGCAGGGUUGUUUGUAUAUAAACAUGUAAUAAACUUUGUUAACUUUUAUUGUUGCC